CCACACACUCUGCGACGACUACCUCCUCUGUUUCAAUACUUUGCAAUUUCUUUCUUUUACUCUGCAAAACCCUAACAAAGAGCGAGUUAAAGGCUUUUGAGAUCUAGUAGCUAUGGCGGAUACAGAGACGUUCGCAUUCCAGGCUGAGAUCAACCAGCUUCUUAGUUUGAUCAUCAACACUUUCUACAGCAACAAGGAGAUCUUUCUCCGUGAGCUCAUCAGCAAUGCUUCUGACGCUCUGGAUAAGAUCCGAUUUGAGAGUUUAACUGACAAGAGCAAACUCGAUGCUCAACCAGAGUUGUUCAUUCACAUUAUUCCUGACAAGACCAACAAUACUCUGUCCAUCAUUGACAGUGGUAUUGGUAUGACUAAAGCUGACUUGGUCAACAACCUUGGUACUAUUGCUAGGUCAGGGACAAAGGAGUUUAUGGAAGCCCUUGCUGCAGGUGCUGAUGUUAGCAUGAUUGGUCAAUUUGGUGUUGGUUUCUAUUCGGCUUACCUUGUUGCUGAGAAGGUCAUUGUUACCACUAAGCACAACGAUGAUGAGCAGUAUGUGUGGGAGUCCCAAGCAGGUGGUUCAUUCACCGUGACCAGGGAUACUACUGGUGAGCCCCUUGGGAGGGGUACUAAGAUCACUCUCUACCUCAAGGAGGACCAGCUUGAGUACCUUGAGGAGCGCCGGCUCAAGGAUUUGAUCAAGAAGCAUUCUGAGUUCAUUAGCUAUCCUAUUUCUCUCUGGAUUGAGAAAACCACUGAGAAAGAGAUUUCUGAUGAUGAGGACGAGGAAGAGAAGAAGGAUGAGGAAGGGAAGGUUGAGGAUGUAGAUGAGGAAAAGGAGAAAGACGAGAAGAAGAAGAAAAAGAUCAAGGAAGUUUCGCAUGAGUGGUCUUUGGUUAACAAGCAAAAGCCUAUCUGGAUGAGGAAGCCAGAGGAGAUUACAAAGGAAGAGUACGCUGCUUUCUACAAGAGUCUUACCAAUGAUUGGGAGGAGCACCUUGCUGUGAAGCACUUCUCAGUUGAGGGCCAGCUGGAAUUCAAGGCUAUCCUCUAUGUUCCGAAGAGGGCUCCAUUUGAUCUCUUUGAUACAAGGAAGAAGCCCAACAACAUCAAGUUGUAUGUCCGCAGAGUCUUCAUCAUGGACAACUGCGAGGAGCUCAUCCCUGAAUACCUUAGCUUUGUGAAGGGUAUUGUGGAUUCCGAGGAUCUUCCUCUCAACAUUUCUAGAGAAAUGUUGCAGCAGAACAAAAUCUUGAAGGUCAUUCGCAAGAACUUGGUUAAGAAGUGCAUUGAGCUGUUUUUUGAGAUUGCAGAGAACAAGGAGGACUACAACAAGUUUUAUGAGGCAUUCUCCAAGAACCUAAAGCUUGGCAUCCAUGAGGACUCCACCAACAAGUCAAAGCUUGCUGAAUUGCUGCGAUAUCACUCAACCAAGAGUGGUGAUGAGAUGACCAGCUUGAAGGAUUACGUGACCAGGAUGAAGGAGGGUCAGAAUGACAUCUACUACAUUACUGGUGAGAGCAAGAAGGCUGUUGAGAACUCCCCCUUUCUUGAGAAGUUGAAGAAGAAGGGGUACGAGGUCUUGUACAUGGUUGAUGCAAUUGAUGAGUAUGCUGUUGGUCAGCUCAAGGAAUUCGAAGGCAAGAAGCUUGUCUCAGCAACCAAGGAGGGUUUGAAGUUGGAUGAGACCGAAGAUGAGAAGAAGAAGCAAGAAACCUUGAAAGAGAAGUUCGAGGGUCUCUGCAAGGUGAUUAAGGAUGUCUUGGGUGACAAGGUUGAGAAGGUUGUGGUGUCUGACCGUGUUGUGGACUCUCCCUGCUGUUUGGUGACUGGUGAGUACGGAUGGACUGCUAAUAUGGAGAGGAUCAUGAAGGCACAGGCAUUGAGGGACAACAGCAUGGCUGGCUACAUGUCCAGCAAGAAGACCAUGGAGAUCAACCCGGAGAAUCCCAUCAUGGAAGAGCUCAGGAAGAGGGCAGAUGCUGAUAAGAACGACAAGUCUGUGAAGGACCUUGUUCUCUUGUUGUUCGAGACUGCCCUCCUCACUUCUGGUUUCAGCCUCGAUGACCCCAACACCUUUGGCAACAGAAUUCACAGGAUGUUGAAGCUUGGACUGAGCAUCGAUGAGGAAGCUGGUGAUGGCGAUGCUGACAUGCCCCCACUGGAGGAUGCUGAUGCUGACGCUGAGGGAAGCAAGAUGGAGGAAGUCGACUAAACGGGUCUCGAUUCGUUUUCAUUUUUAUUUUUAAUUUUUAAUUUUCCUAUUAAAAGUAGUGUUCUCUUAAUGAUGAAGCAUCAGAAGGAUUGUUUUGGAACUAAAACUUUUAUAUCUGUCUUUUUGGAUAUUAUAUUACUUGCGGUGAAGUUAGAUAUUUUCUGCUUUUCCUA